AUGGCAAACUUGUUUGUAGACAUCAUCAAAGGAGUGCAAGGAAAUGAUGCGCCCACUGAUGUUGCACGAGGGAAUGAUGAUGAAAUUCCUGCUGAGGAGAUGGCUGCCGGAUCGAACGCAUCGCAAAGUCGCUUCGCACUACUAACAGAUAUGCCCAGAACCAAAAUGCGAACUAAGCCACAAACUACAGUUCCGGAGGAUGAACCAAUCAAAUGUCCUUUUAAAAGACCAGUACUUGAUGAUCGACCUGCGAUAAUUUGGCCGAUCGAGGGCGCAAACAGCGGUGCCAAUAAUUGA